UGAUAAUUCUAGGAGUUUUUUUUUUUUAUUUCAGAAAUGGACCGUUUUAACCAAAUAUCACGGAGGAAGAAGAAAUGUCAACAAAUUCAGUUGGUAGUGUCACUAAUUUGUGUUACGUAUAUGAUGUAUUUUAUGUGGUACAUGAUGAGCAUAACAAUUGCAAAGAGUCUUGAUUUGACGGGGAGGAAAAUGUCUAGAAAAAAAAUGCGUAUGGAGACUUUAAGAAGGCUAAUUCGAGAGAGUGAUGUAUCUUGUAAAAAUGAACUUCGAGUGACUAGACAUACUUUUAAUGUGCUUUGUGAGAUGCUUAGAGAUAUAGGAGGACUUAGUGGGACUCGAAACAUGUCACUUGAGGAGAUAGUAGCGAUGUUUAUGUAUAUAUUGGCUCACCAUAAGAAAAAUAGGUCUAUUGGACACUUUUUCAUUAGAAGUGGAGAAACGGUGAGUAGAUAGUUUCACCUUUGUCUUACGGAUGUCCUAAAGUUACAUGAGCACUUACUUACCAAGCCUACACCAAUAGCCGAUGACUGUGAAGAUGAUAGAUGGAAACCUUUCAAGAAUUGUUUAGGUGCAUUAGAUGGCACCUACAUUAACGUGAGGGUGCCGGCAAAAGAUAGAGCAAGGUAUCGAACAAGGAAAGGCACCAUAGCCAUGAACGUAUUAGGGGUUUGCACGCCUAAUCUGGAGUUUGUCUAUGUACUACCUGGGUGGGAAGGUUCUGCACAUGAUUGUCGUGUGCUACGGAAUGCUAUUUCGAGGCCAAAUGGGUUAAGGGUUCCUCGAGGUAAAUAUUGCUUGACUGAUGCUGGAUACACCAACUGCGAUGGGUUUUUAGCUCCUUUUAGGGGACAAAGAUAUCAUCUCAAAGAAUGGACGGAUAACCUACCACGAAGUGCCGAAGAGUAUUUCAACAUGAAACAUGAUAGGGCCAGAAACGUGAUUGAGAGGUGCUUUGGUUUGCUAAAAAGGAGGUGGUCUAUACUGAGAAGUCCAUCAUUCUUUCCUAUUCGGACUCAAGGCCGCAUUGUUAUGGCAUGUUGUUUACUCCACAAUCUCAUUAGGAGAAUUAUGCCUACAGAUGACGUAGCUUAUGGUUCCGAUGAAGAAUCUGAAGAUGAUGAUUUAGAUGAUGAUUCGGAUGACGAAAUGGAGUUCAUUUCAACUCUUGAAACCUCGGAUGCCUGGACUAACUUCAGAAAUACUCUCGCUCAAGAUAUGUUUAAUAGUUGGAGAGCUAGAAUUCGGCAAUGAACUUUGACAUAUUGAUAUUUUUAUUUUUCAGUUGUGUUGUUGAAUGUCUAUGAUCUUUUUUAGUCUUCUAGGUACCUAUGAUAUUUAAGUUGUAGCAACUAUGUGAUAUAAAUCAAGUUAUUGAUAACUUUUGGCAAAUUUAAUCUCUCGACCUUUUUAGUUUGG